GUUCGCUUUUGAGCGUUUGCGCUUGGGAGGCGCGGCUAGAGCCGUGGUUUCGUGUGUGCUUCUAUUAGGUGCCAUCCGGUAGUGAUGGCGGCGCUCAGUGAGACUUUCCUGUCACUGGAUACUACUACUCCCAGCCCUCCUCAAAGCCGCCGGAGCAACCCCCUGGUCUUUAAUUUACAAGUAGCAAUUUGACUUGCUCUGCUGCAUGUCAGGUGGGAGCUUGGAAAGUGUGGAGAAGCCCCGGGGAUUAAGCGAUCGCAGCUUAAAAAGAAAAAAAGCCAAGCAAAUAAACAAAACCCACCCACCCUAACAAACAUGAGGCUGCUGGAGAGAAUGAGGAAAGAAUGGUUCAUGAUUGGAAUAGUACUGGCGAUUGCGGGAGCAAAGCUGGAGCCGUCCAUAGGGGUGAAUGGGGGACCACUGAAGCCAGAAAUAACUGUCUCCUACAUUGCUGUCGCAACAAUAUUCUUUAACAGCGGACUAUCAUUAAAAACAGAGGAGCUGACAAGUGCUUUGGUGCAUAUAAAACUGCAUCUUUUUAUUCAGAUCUUUACACUUGCAUUCUUCCCAGCAGCAGUAUGGCUUUUUCUUCAGCUUUUAUCAAUCACACCCAUCAAUGAAUGGCUUUUAAAAGGGUUGCAGACAGUAGGUUGCAUGCCUCCACCUGUGUCUUCUGCGGUGAUAUUAACCAAGGCAGUUGGUGGAAACGAGGCAGCUGCAAUAUUUAACUCAGCCUUUGGAAGUUUUUUGGGCAUCGUUGUCACACCCCUGCUACUGCUGCUUUUUCUUGGCUCAUCCUCUUCUGUGCCUUUUACAUCUAUUUUUUCUCAGCUUUUUAUGACUGUUGUGGUUCCCCUCAUUAUUGGACAGAUUGUCCGAAGAUACAUCAAGGACUGGCUCGAAAGAAAGCAGCCUCCUUUUGGUGCCGUCAGCAGCAGCGUGCUCCUCAUGAUCAUCUACACAACCUUCUGUGACACGUUCUCGAACCCAAGUAUCGACCUGGAUAAAUUCAGUCUCCUUCUGGUACUGUUCAUAAUAUGUUCUAUUCAACUGAGUUUUAUGCUUUUAACCUUCAUCUUUUCCACAAGGAAUAAUUCGGGUUUCACACCAGCAGACACUGUAGCUGUCAUGUUCUGUUCUACACACAAAUCCCUCACGUUGGGAAUCCCAAUGCUGAAGAUUGUGUUCGCAGGCCACGAGUACCUCUCUUUAAUAUCCGUCCCCUUGCUCAUCUACCACCCGGUGCAGAUCCUCCUGGGAAGCGUGCUCGUGCCAACAAUAAAGUCCUGGAUGGUGUCAAGGCAGAAGGGAGUGAAAUUGAUGAGGCCGACCGUAUAACAAAGGAGGCAGUCAUUCCGCAGCCAUGUAUAUAUGUACAGGAUUGUACUUACAGUUCUGAAGACUUGUAUUUGUGAACGUUGCUUCGAUGCAUAUUUUAUUUUUUUACACACAAAAAAAUAUGAUAUAACUGUUUAAAGUGCCUUAAAAUGUAUUUGACGAGAGCAUUAUUUCCAAAACCUCCUUUGUUGGUUACUGCCAGGGGUGGUACAGUAUUUUGGAGUUGUUUAAUUUUCUUUUUUCCUAACGCAGAAAACGGCCGUUGAAGGUGACAAAAAAACAAGCACGUUUUCCUCGUACCAUCUUCCGUGCACUUCAGCUCUCUCCUGGUUACUGUACUGUUUGAAAUGAGGUCACAUCAUCAGGAAAAUGCCCUUCCCAUGACAGUGAAUAUUUCCAAAAUCUUAUUUGAUUUACCACAUGAUUCUUUCUUUUUCUGCAACUGUGACAUGCCUCUUCCUUAUCAACUCAGCAGGGGUCACAGAUUGAAUAGCUGCUGAAAAGCAUAUAAGUCAUCUGCAUUUCUUGAUAUCAUUUUUUAAGACAUUCCUUCACAUAGUUUCCACGCAGAAAUUCCUCAGUUCCAUUAUAAGAGACUGUGGUGUUCUGUGUCUUAAAUUUAUUAUAAGCUGCUUCAAAGAAAGGGCCUGAUGUUUGAGUUAUGAGUCAAAGUACAUGAGGUUUGGAGAUUAAACUACAGGAUUUGGGUUUCAGGAUUUUUUUCAAAUUCUAUUUCAAAUGUUUUCCCUUUUUCUUCCAUCAUUUCUUUCUUACCUGUUUUCCAGCACACUUGGAAACUCCCAACAGCCAAAUGUGAGACACCGAAAUGUUACAAUUAGUUUGAGUGGCAACAAUUAAUGAUGGAUUAUUCCACAUUCCACAACUGAGACCAAAAUUGUCUUCCUGUUACACUGAUGUGCUGAGCACAAAUUUUCCCUUUUAGCCAGAAGCAGCCUGUUACAUCUUGGAAUCAAGUACACUUAAGGCAUUUGAAACGUUAUUAAUGAGAAUUUUCCUUGGCAGAUUUGACAAAUGUUUGCAACAUUUUUUUAAAAAAAUUAAAUCACAUUGCUGUUAUGAAUAAAUGAAAAUAUCAAGGUCGCAGAGGCAAACAAAUGUUACAUAUACACAUUCUGUCUAGCUGUGUGGAAAGGAAAACAGACACAGAAAAUGCAAAACCAUUCAUUAACCAAAACAGCAAGUACAGUUAGUUCCCAGACUAGCAUCAGCUUGCCAUGGAGUACCCAACAUUUGCUUCUGCUGAGGCUGGAAGAGCUUUCACAACCCAGUUAGAGAAUAAAGUCAUUGCUUGAUAGAAACGAGGGAACACUUUUUCUCUGCUUCCUGCACACCAUUCCGUCACACCUCUCUACUGUUCAUGAUUUAACAGAUGACACUGGCAUCCUGAGUUGCACUGAGGCCACAUCAUGUCUUUAGCAGCUGUUUUGUUAUUUUAUCAAUAACAAAGAGUCAUUCCUUAGAAGCUCACCGUGUUUACCAAUAUCAUAAAUUUACAUUACUGUUACUGCCAGCUCUUAUCUUGUGUUACUUCUGAGUCAUUUCAGUGUCACUGAAACUCAUACAUUUCACAAGAGUUAGCCUCAGUGUAAGUUUUAAGGCUAGUGCCAGACCCUGCCAUGCUAAACAGGCUAUUUGUCAAGAAUUCCUAUUGUCAAGAAAUUCACUUGUGUCUAAAACUACAGCAAUUUUGCUUGGUCUUUUUGGUGCUUACAUAUGGAGCACAGAAAGGUUUUUAUGUUUUUUUCCUACAAACUUCUUUGAAUUUCAGAGUAAAUGGAAUUGUCUGUCUGAGCUAUCAUAAAAAUCUUCAGCCUAGUAUUAGAAUACUGAUUUUUUCCCCCUCAACUUAUCUACCUCUAUAGUCUUUCACCUAUAGUAGGUGUGACUAUGGGAUAAAGUUCAACUAGAAAUGCUAUAACAUUUUAUCUUUUGCUUUAAAAAAGUGUCUUCUGUUUUCAAAUAAUCUUUACAUAAGUGAAUUUUGGUGGCUUUAUUGAUAUGUUUAUGCCUAUUUCUUUUUUUACACAAAGGCUGUGCAUAUUUUUCCAUAAAGGACAAAAAAUAAAAUCGAAUUUUAUUUUUAAUUCAUGCUUACUGGGAUUUAAUUAUUCAUAUCUUGAAAUAUGUCCAGGUACUGCUUUACACAUUUGUUUUGUCUAAAUGUAUUUAUGAAAGAACUACAUUAUAUUUAUGUUUGCUCACUUUUCCACCUGGAUUUUUUUAAUGGCUGUUAUGAAAUUUUAUUUUUUAAAUGGGUGAGAAUGUUCAUCUUUUCAUGUGCUCUUUUCUAAGUUUUCAAAUUUUGUGGGUUCUUUUUAUUCUUCCCUCUUCUGGUUAAAACUAACACACCUCUGGCUAAAUGUUCAGUGUUUAUGCUAAAUACCAAAUUUUUUUAAAAGGGUUGGUGAAGUAACGGAGUGGAUUAUUUAUGAUGAAUGGAAGAUGAAGAUAAUUCUAUGAUUAAACAAAGGUGUUUCAGAAAUCACAAGAGAGCCUGUGGCUUAUUU